AGAACAAAGUUCAUAGCCAUCCCACACCCCCACCUCUCAUGCACCACACUGUCAAUUAACACAAUCUCUUAAUAGGUGCCGGAAUGGCACAAAGCACCAUAGACCACCACCGCCUCCACGCAAGCUGUACCUUGGUGCUGAAAAGCGAUGGCAACCCCUUCAACUGCGCAGCUUGUAAGCGCGGCAGCUCCCAAGCCCUCCGGUACAGCUGUGACAGCUGCCCCUUCGACCUCCAUGGCCAGUGCGCGACGUCGCCGGAGUAUCUCAAUUUCUGGGGCCACCCGCAUCACCUUCUCAAGCUGGUGGACUCCGGCCCCGACCUGGAAGGAAUCAUAAGCCCCAUGAAACCGGAGGUCGCCAGGGCUCUGGUGGCCUCCUCGCCAGCCGCGGACGGCCACAUCCCGGUCUACUGCGACAUCUGCACCAACGAGAUCGAGGGGAUGCACUACCAGUGCGCGCCGUGCGGCGUGUUCCUGCACCCGGUGUGCACCCAGCUCCCGGUUACGCUACCGAGCAGCCAGGCGCACCAUCCGGACCACGAGCUCACGCUUAUCUGCACGUUCCCGACCAUGUGUCGGGGGUGCGGCACGCCGGGCACGUGGGGGUACCGAUGCUUUCGCUGCCUCAUCCACUUCCAUGCGAACUGCAUCCCCGAGUACCAUCAUAUGCUCGGCUAUCCGUACGCAUGUCUGGAACAGAACGGCGUCCCCGACCGCACGAGACGGUUUGGGAGGAUCCUCCCACCAAUGCCGCCGCCGCCGCCAAGGAUGUAUGUGAACCAGGAGGACCCAUUUGCCGUCGUGAACCCGCUUGGCAUCAUGGACCCGCUCAUGAUGCCACGGACUGGGCCGAGCACCACUCCAAGCGUCCGGGCAAACCCAUGCGGCGGAGCGUUUCCUUACAGCGGGGAGUACGGCCGCUCCGCGUUCGGCCAGUAAGGUUUAUUGCAGAUGGAUAUUGGAACGAUGGCAUCGUCGCAUAAUAUGUAGCACUGUUGGGCGCACAUUUCUCGUUGGGUCUGUUGGCUAUUGUCUUCGAUGGAUUCUUGCGUUCGUAUGUGACCCUGUCCUUGUGUUUGUAAUUUCGCAUUCCGUAGCUUGAUGUAUGUGCGCACAUUGCGUUGCGCACAUUCCACAUCCUAUACGGCCCCGUGCCGGGUGUAUGUGCGCGUACCAUUUUUAAUAUUUGGCUUAAAUAACCAAGCAGGAGAGCGUUUAGUUUGUACAUUGUUGGAGGGGUGGCUGAGAGCACACGGUCCACUGUUCUGCAAUAACAAGGAAGGCUGACCUGUAUUGAUGGAUGGUUGCUGCAGAAAGAAGUUUGUGGGCGGCUGCUGUCCAUCUGUCCCUGUUAUCUGCAUGGAAGACACAAAUUCUGUAUCUUGAAUGUUGUUUGCAUAAUCCAGUGAGGACUCAUUUUGAUUUC